AUGCAUCUCUCAACCCUCUUCACCAACCUCUUCCUCGCCGCAACCCUGGCAACAGCCGCCGAACUCCAAAUCGACGUCACGAACCCCGUCGAAUGCAACCGCAAGACCACAAACGGCGACACCGUCAAGAUGCACUACAGAGGCACUCUGGCCGACGGCGGCAAACAAUUCGACGCGUCGUAUGAUCGUGGCACGCCGUUGUCAUUCAAGUUGGGCACUGGUCGGGUUAUCAAAGGGUGGGAUCAAGGAUUGUUGGAUAUGUGUGUUGGGGAGAAGCGAACAUUGACCAUCCCGCCUGAGCUUGGAUAUGGUGAAAGGGCCAUGGGACCGAUUCCCGCGGGCUCAACGCUGGUCUUUGAGACGGAGUUGGUUGAGAUUGUCGGUGUGCCCAAAGACGAACUUUGA